CUGUAUUUAUCAUUUAGUCUCUCUCCUUACAAUACCUGAAUCUCGAUUCCCGAUCCUGUAGAUUUUUCCAAGCUAUGCUUAAAUCUGAUGAUGAGGAUUGGUGUGGGAGAUCCUCGUGGCUGGUAGAAACCGAUACGAAUUGUUGUGGUUGGUGAAAAGGGAACAGGAAAAUCAAGUUUGAUAAUGGCUGCUGCAUCAGAUGCUUCUUCUUUCCAUCCAAAGAUCCCUCCUCUGUUGCCUCAUACCAAUUUACCUUCUGAGUUAUUCUCUGACCCUGUUCCCGUCACCAUUAUCGACACGUCUUCAAGAUCAGAAGAUAAGGGAGACGUAGUUAAGCAGGUUAAGGAAGGAGAUGCAAUUGUUCUGACAUUUGCAUUCAACAGACCGGAGACUUUAUAGUGGCGGCUUCCUCUGUUUCGACAAUUAGAGGUUUAGUUUCUUCAUCAAUCGUGCCAUUGGUGUUCAUGAAAAGAAGAAGAGAGAAUAUGGUCGAAAAGCUCAUCGGAGGGAGAAGAAGAAAGAACUGAAAAUGGCUAAGGUAGGAGUUAAAACUAGAGAGAAACUCUUGUCGAGAGAGAGUGUUUCUUAUUAGCUUAAGUGGUGUCGUUUACGUAUAAUCUAUGUCCUGUAUUUAAACAUCGAUUCCCAUUUCUCAUCUCUCUCCUAUCAUAUUGACACUCGUCCAUAAUUUCAUAGAUCUCUUAUAUUAUAUAUGAAGUCUAGAGAGAGCAAUUUUUUGCUAUUUCAGCACCCACUAGACACAGGAAUGCAUGUUUACUAGACAUAAGUUUGUUGUAAACUUGUAAUUAUACAGCGUGAAAGGAUGAUUAAUUACGG